AUGCGCGGGAUGCUUCAGGAGGAGGUGAUUCCAGGCCCCGGCAGCAUCUACUCGCGCAGCAUGACUCCUGGUCCUGGCUAUUACGGAAUGCCGUCUGCUGGGAGUGUCCAGCAGGCUCCAAGCUUCGGCGCUCGGCGGAAGGGCUGCAUCGACGUGGCCGUCGACGAGCAUCGUAUGGUCCCGGCGCCGGGCACGUACGAGCCCGUGGCCGCCGCCGACGUCAGGGCCAAGAGGAAACCUGGCGCCAGCAGCUUCGGCACGGCGGCGAUGGCGACGCUCAUGACCCCUCGCGACGCCAUGCGGAAGCUCCCUUUCAUCAGCAACGCGGCGUCUCUGGCGGAGGCACCCUGCGUGUUCAGUCCGAGCGGCUUUCACAGCAUUGCCCCAGAGGCGUCGAAUCGGACUGGUGACCGUUCUGGUGGGGCGUCGUGGAGUUUCGGCAAGAUGCGCCGACCCUUCUGA